CGUACUUUCGGUGGAAAUGUGAGGGAUUUUAAAGGGGUUUUCGACUAAGUUAUGGGGUAAUAUUUUGUGGAAUCACUCGAUCCUCUGGUGUUGUUAUAUCGGUUCAGGAAACAUGCGGUGCCAAGGAUUUGUGGCUUUUGUAUUGUUGUUUAUUGGUGUUGUGACAUCCAUGGAUACAAAGGAAUUUCAAAAAAAUUUACACGCUACUAUUAUCUGGGGUAUACCAGGUCAAGAUGUAGAUUUACCAUGUGAUGUCUCAGCCAACAGCAGUGUAACAAUGAUAUUUUGGUUUAAGGACGAAAUCAAAGUACCAUUGUAUAGCCUGGACGCCCGCGGUGGUCCUCUAAGCGCCGCCUCGCAUCUGGCGAUGAGUGACGACCUCGGCGCAAGGUCCUUCUUCAUCAGCGACGACAACCCCUCCACCGCCCGCCUCAGGAUACGCAACGUCCACAUCCACGACCAGGGACUUUUCCGAUGUCGCGUUGAUUUCCUCAACUCACCUACCAAAAACUACCAGAUCAAUCUAACCUUAGUAGAACAACCUUCAAGUCCUAAGAUUUUCGACGCUGAGGGCAGAGAGAUAAAGGUGAACGAGUCUGCGGGACCGUUUUUUGAAGGGCACGAAUUAUUUUUAUCCUGUCAAGUUUCUGGAGGUCGUCCCAGACCGACGCUGACGUGGUGGCACAACGGAACGAUCCUGGACAGCCUGGUGGACUCGGGCAGGGCGACGAGCACGACGGUAAACCAAUUGACCGUCGUGAGCGUUCCUCGUUACCUCAAGGGAACCCGUCUGGAGUGUCGCGCCACGUCUGACGAGAAGGCCGGCCACGUCGUCAGAGAAGUCCCGAUCACUGUUUUCCUGAAACCGAACAAAGUAAAAAUCGUUACGGCCAAUGGUUUGUUAUCGACGCAAAAAUCCCAGAAUAUAAGAUGCGAAAGUUCCGGUUCCUAUCCACCUGCCAAGUUAACAUGGCUACUUGAUGGAAAACCUAUUAGGAACGCUGUUGUUACGGAAGAGGUGACAGAAACCUUCACUGGGAGUAUCGUGUCGCUGAGCGUCGCGGCAGAAGACGACGGGAAGGAAUUAGUUUGUCGAGCUGACAAUCCACGCUUUCCUGGGGGAACCGUCGAGGACGCCAGGCAGAUACAUGUUGCUUACCCUCCCAGGGUUGCUGUAAAGAUGGACUCUGCGAACGGGGGUCCCAUUAACGAAGACACGGACAUAAUUCUACGGUGCGAGACUUCGGCCCGUCCUCAGCCCCUCAGCUACAGCUGGUAUCAAAAUGGUUACCUGAUACCGUACAACGACACAGCUGGUGUUCUGCCAAUAGACCACAUCCUGACACUAAAGAAUAUUAAACAAAAGUCCGGCGGCCAAUAUGCCUGUUCAGCAACAAACACCGAAGGCGAAACCUACAGUCCACCCUUCGAACUUCUGGUGCAAUUUGCACCACGCUGUUCCAAAGGCUACGAAAUAAUGAGAGUCGGUGCCCUGCCCCACAAGACCCUGGUGGUGCAGUGUCACGUGGACUCGGUGCCGGAAGUGACGCGCUUUUCCUGGACUUACAACACAACCAGGGGUGUGUUUCCCGUCCAGGGGGCCAAAAUGCAAAACACCGGCAACGUUUCCAUACUGCACUUCACUCCCGGCGAGGAGGAUCUGGAAUCGUUGUCCUGUUGGGCAACGAACGACGUCGGAAGGCAGCAGACUCCGUGUUUGUUCUACAUUGUGCCCGCAGCGGCGCCGGAAUCUCCGAAGAACUGUAUGCUGCGAAACGCGUCACAUGGAGGUCUCGAAGUGUCCUGCAUCGCCGGCAAAGACGGCGGAUUGCACCAAAGUUUUGUGCUGGAAGUUAGCGACAUUUCCAUACCCACACUUCCACCUGGGAUAACCACGCUCAGCGAUCAAGGCGAAAAAUCGGGUCCCAUGUACCGGGUGCUAGGCGAGCGUCCGGUUUUCCGUCUUCACAGUCUUGAAUCCGGCCGACAGUACCACGUGGUCGUGUACGCGGAGAACGCCAAGGGCCGUAGCGACCCACCCGUCGUGCUGCCCAACCUCCGGGUCGAAGGAACGGGUGGUCCCGGAGUCCCAUCGGAGGAGCCACUCCAGGAGAGCGAAUCCGGCGGCGAUAAACCGGAGGAAUCCGGCUCUGGUUCUAGCAGAAGGGGCCUAACCCUAAUAAUAAUCGGUCUGACCGCUGCGGCGGUACUUCUCAUAGUGGGAAUAGUGGUCGCCGCCGCAGUCGUAGCUUGUAGGAAGCCUCCAGCGACGGUCAGAAGGCGUCCGAGGAACACCAGGAAACCUCCGGACGACGGCGAACUUUCCGAGGCGGGGUUCGGCGAGGAUUUCCAUAGGCGCAGCGCCCAAUACAGGAUGAGCAUGUACGGGGAGGCCGAGGAACGGAUAUCUAGGCUAAUUGAAGGCCCCGACUUGAUACUUGCUCCAGUCAGCUUUUCCCCCCAAAGCUCCGAUUACUAAAAUUCAUCUGUACAACAAAGAGACAAACAAAAUGUGUUCAUAGUUUUAUCUACACCAUAGUACAAUUUAACAAAAAAUAGAUGUUACUCUUCAAAAAAGAUAAACAGUAUUAUUUAUGUAAAAUACGUAAAACCGCACAAUUUAGAUAUAAUUUCAUAGUUUCAGCCGACCAUUUUUGGCCUCCACUGUCACUCGCUGGGCCCGACAAAAUGCGCAAUAAUUAAUUAACUCAUCAUUCUGUUCAAUUCAAACAUUGGUUCGCGAUCAACUCGCGAACCGUGGUGUACAUUUAAUUAGGUCUUGCGAAAAUAUGUUUGAAAACUGCGACAAAGCAUUAUUAAAACUUUAAUAAACCAGCAUUUGAAUGUGUUCCGUUGCACAUUAGUUGUAAAACAGUAGUCGUCUCUAAAAUCCCGCAGCAUAUGAAGUUAAGGCCCGAAGGCCCUUUUCGACGGGCAUAUUUUCGCAACGAUUGUUCGCAGCUUUCAUACGACUUCUCACUGUAUUGUUUGUGUUUUUGUCUUAUAAGUUUCGUCUUUUUCGCAUUACUUUUUUUUUUCAUCUCUUGUCUCCUUUCUAAUAUUUUCCUUGUAUGACUCUUUUUCGAGUUCUCUUGGUUAAAGCGCGUAAUAUUAGUCCUCGGUUGUGCAUGAUAGCCACAAGUAUUGAUUGUAUAUAGAAGUUUUAGUUUUUGUGACGGUUAAUUUUAAAACUUAUGUAAUUAUUUUAUUUUACUAGGAAUAUCUACAAUCUACAUUUAGGUUACACUAGUUUAUAGGAUACGUGUAUACUGCAGUUGUUGCUGUUAAAUUAUUAUUUGUUUUUAAACCAAUAUGACUAUUAAUCGAACUCUCUAAAUGUUAUAGCAUUACAAAUAUUCCUCGUCAAAAAGUUUUGCUAAAAUUUACAAUUCUUUUAUUUAGAAGUGAUAUGAUGAUUAUUUUAGUUUUAUUUACACUUAGCUAUUAUGUUAUAUUCAUACUAUGUACCUCUGAUAUAUCCAAAAAAUGUAUAUUUACAUUUUCCCAAUUUCUAGUUUGUUUUGAAAUACCACUUAAUUAUAAAGUGCCAUCUAGACUAGUAUAAUACGUGAUAAUACCAAACCAUAAUGUAUAUAAUAUUUAGUACUUUUGUUUCUGUAUAUACAAAAAAUGUUUUAUUUUUAUUAUAUACAACAGUUUCGCUGUAAAUUAGGCUUGAUUUAUCUUAGACAUAGUAAGUAAUAUUUAUUUUUUGUAUCAUCAGUUAUAAGUAACAUAAAUAAAAA